UGUCUCUGUCAUUCUUUCGAAGCCAAGCCAAAAAUACCCGACCCCUCCCUCCCUCUAUCUCUCCUCUCUCGUCUAUUCAUCCUUCCUCACUUUUACUUCACUCCUCUCUCUCUCUCUCUCUCUCUGUAGACCCUCCCGAUAUUUCCGGGUGAAGAAAGGUAUUAAGCCUAAAGCACAUCACAUAUAUAAUCACACAUGGGUUCUUGCUUAUCAUCAUCAUCAUCAGAAAAAGAGCCGAAGCAGCCACAAGAUUCUGCAGUUAUGAAGUUUAGUCUCCCUUUUGCCUCCAAAACUCAGAACCAUCUCAUCAUCCCUUCCCCUGUCAAACACAAAUCUUCUUCCGUUCCUCCAACUGGUAGCAAAGACGAGACCUUUUUUGAUACUAAUGUUUGGUUGGAUUCUGAUUGUGAUGACGAUUUUAUGAGUGUUAAUGGUGAAUUCACCCCAUCUCGAGGUAAUACUCCAGUACAUCAUAACUUCUCGGCAGGAGCCCCAAGAGUCAAUAAAACCGGUGGAGCUGACCUAACCCCUAAUGACAGACCUGAACCAUCUCCAACAGAUAAGAAACAUAGGUUAUCUGAUCUCUUUAAAGAGAGCUUACGGAAUGAUCAUAACGAGGACGAGCAAACAUCCGGUUCUGCAACACCUAAUGCAUCUAGUUUGCAGAGCAGUGAAAGAACUCCUAAUGGAAACUUUAAGGUCAAAUCCUUAAGGUCAAUUCAAUGUUGCAUUCCGAGUCUACGCUCAAGCAGUAGCUUUAAUGAAAGAAAGAAGAAGAUGAGCCCUGUAGGCACCAUUGCAUGAUAAGUACUCCAGUUAUCGUUCGUGUAAAUUGUGAAACAAAAUUCUCCUGCACCUGUAAUUCUAGUUUAAGGAGAAACAAGAUAUACUCAAGUAAAUGAGGAGGCGGCAGGUAAAUAUUCAAAAAAAUUGCAAUGUUUAAUACUUUUUUGAGUUUUUUUUCCCCGGAUUACAAGUGUGUAUAAAUAAUUUCAAUAUAUUAUUAUGUCAAGGCCAUGACAUACAGUAUGGAGUUGAAUA